AUGAAGAUGAAGAUGCUCCCAAAAGAUGAAGAUGCCCCCGAGCUAGAGUCACGACUUCAAUUCCAUAAGCAAUUUAUGAUAGGAGCACAAAGUAACAGAGUGGGGUUAGGAUCAAAUAGGAAAGUCCAAGAUGCGGAUAUUUUGAAGUCUUUUAUUCGGCAAGACGAGAAUGAUAAAUAUAAGAUCCAUGCAAUGAAUUUAGAAAUGCAGAACGAGUGGUUAGACAUAGGAGGUUUUUGCAUCCCAUUAGCAUUAAAAUGGCGCACUUUAAUUUAUGAUUGGUCGCCAGCAUUGCUAAAAUUCUAUCUCAAUGAGUUCCAGAUGACUCUCCCAGAUCAGAGUAAUUUAGUAAGAUGGGGUAAAAGUACCGAAAAAACUUGCUAUAUCUGUGGAAAGGCAGUUGGAACUGCUAAACAUCUGCUGGUGGGAUGUAAGGUACUCCUGGACAGCGGUCAAUACUCGCGUCGUCACGAUAGGGUUUUAGAAGUCAUACGUGAAGCGGGCUACAAAAUCAAACGUCAAGCCUUAUUCAUCCUUAAAGCGGCGUCGGAUUGGACUAUAAUGAUGGACACGUAUGAAAAACAGUAUAAAAUCCCCGAGGACAUUUGUGUGUCGGCCUCCAGACCGGAUAUAUUUUUGUUUUCGCGAAUUUUAAAGCGCGUAGUGAUGAUAGAGCUUACGGUCCCUUGGGAAACCAACAUCCCCAAAGACCAUACCAUCAAGGUCAACAAAUAUUACGAGCUCACAAAGGAACUCACUCGAAAUAGGUUCGUAGUAGAUUUGUACGCGGUGGAGGUGGGAGCGAGAGGUAUAACAGCGAAAUCUCUCUAUAACCUACUAAAGGACUUGGGCUUGUCCAGAACUCACAUUAAUGCAUUCUUGGAACGUACAUCGAAGGCAGCCCUAGUAGGUUCUUUUCAAAUUUGGUUAGGUAGGGAGAGGAGCUUGGACAGUGGAGGUGAGCGUAUAACGCGCGUUAGUUAA